AGGAUGUUUUUGAAACUCUUAGCAAUGCUCUUCUUGUCCUUGGGUGCUGUAAGAGCUCAACGAUCGGCUCCGGAUGUAUUUAUGGUGGGAUAUUUUCAGAGGAGAAUCCUGGAGAUGGAGGAACGUCUAAUAAGAUGUGAUCAAGACCUCCAGAAGGUCAACCAGAGGAUGUACGACAUGUCUGCGGAGAUGCGUGGUCAGGUUCACAGUGUAAACGUGCUAAAGUCAGAAAUUCAAGGCUACGUGGACAGCCUGGCCGUACGGGUGGACCGAGUGGAAAGUGAUGUUGAGUACCUGCACAAUAAACUUCCCGACACAUCUAGUGUAGAGAUCUCAGACUCUCUGCUGGAUCAACAAGUGAAAGAAGCCCAAAGCAAAGAGAAAGCUGUUAUCAUGCAGGGAAAAGAGUGUAGCACCAGAUUCUCUGGCAUCAAAUCACAGAAAAUCCUCAAGAAGGCAGGAGAUGUAGUAGGCUCGUGGCUAAAAGACCCAACCACAGGCUCCUCUAAGAUCUACUUCUUCAGCGGCUCCAGGAACAAAACGCUGCUUCAGUUUGGUUCACUGAAGAUCUUCACUGACUCCAAUUCAACCAGCAAGCCCAAGGUCAUCCAGCUACCUCGGCCAUGGCAGGGAACAGGCCACGCUGUCUACGAUGGUUUUGUCUACUAUCACAAUGCUGACACUCGAAACGAAGUGCUGAAGGUUAGCCUUGUCAACCGCACCGUGGCUGACCGCAUGCUUCUGCCCACCGCUGGGCGCAUACCCACCUAUGGACUCUCCCCUCACACUUUCCUGGACUUCGCUGUGGAUGAGAUGGGAUUAUGGGUCAUCCAUGCAGAUCCAGACUUUGGAGGAAAUCUUGUGAUCACCAAACUGGACUCCAAAAGUCUGUCAGUAGAGCACACGUGGGAUACGACCUGCAAGAGCCACAAUGCAGAAGGAGCUUUUAUCGUCUGCGGCACCAUGUAUGUCGUCUACAACACACACUCUGGAGGGCGCUCCAGCAUCCAGUGCCUGUUUGAUAUCCACGACACCGUCUGGACCGAGGAAUUGCCUGUGAUGUACUUCCCAAAGCGCUACUCCAGCCACUCGAGCAUGCAUUAUCACCCGCAAGACAAGCAGAUCUACGCCUGGGAUGAUGGCUAUCAAACCAUCUACCAGUUGGAUGUGAAGAAGAAGUUACAGGUCACCUAAAUUAUAACAACACUGCUUAACUCUACAAGGUCAAUAUGUCUCAAUUUAAUCAUCACAUGCUCAGAAAAAUGAUACUGUACUAAACCUGGGUGGUACCAUUAAGGAGACAUCAUGCGUACCUUUAGUAUGUACCCUUAACCUGGGAAAGUGCAUGCUGUGUACCACUAAAACUUGUUUAAAGUACAGAAUAUUACAUUAAUGGCCACAGUUGUUGAAAUUAGUUCUAAAGAUGUACUACAUUCACCAUCCAUUCCCUUCCCUUCACCUUCCUCUGAAAUAUACAUACUAAAGGUACAAUAGACACACCCUUGAAGGUGAAAUCCCUAUGAUAACAGAAGGUCUACAUUUUUGCUUUCUCCCAGUUUUCCAACACAAUCCGCCAGUCAAAGGCACUAGCAUGUAAUGAGCUGGGAGAGGGUAAAAAAUGUGGAUUUUCUCAUACCCCCCAAAGACUGGAUUUGGAAACAAUGUCUAAGUGAUAAGUCUGCUUUUGUAACACAUAGCCACCAUGCCAAACACGAGUUCUUGGGCCCACCAGACUGUAUGAUGUACCAUUCCUGCAAAUCUGAAUGUAAAUUAUGAAGGCUGUAUCAGCUGUGUCAAGUGUUCUCUGAGCAGAGGUAAAUUACAGUGGGCUAGAGCAGGGGUGUCUAAUCCUAUCUGCAAAGGGUCAAUGUGUCUAAGGGUUUUCAUUCUAACCAAGCAGGAUUACACAACUCAUCAGGUAUCUGAACACCAAGACCGAUUGAUUGAAUAAGUGCAAUCCUGCUUGACUGAACUGAAGACCUGUAGAUUGGACUGGAACUCCUGGGUUGUAUCACUGGUGGAGAUCUACCUACAUUUAAGAGUUCUUUGUUUGUCAUUCUGGGGAAUCCAUUAAAGUUUCUAAGUAGAGCGUUCAAGAAGAACAUGGGUUUAGCACCCUACCAUGAAGCAUGGCCACUCUAUUGGCCACCCCAAGUCCCUAAUUCCAUAUGAUGAUGAACUGAAAGACUUGGUAAAUCUUUGUCACAGAGUAGAACUAAUAAUAAUAGAACAUCCACUACAACAAGUUCAUUUCAUCAACGGCAAGCAUUGGCAGUGUUGUGCAGGAAAAAAGCAAGUUUAGCUAGCUAACACAGAAGCGAACUAUUCCCUUGCUCCACUGACCACAACAAAGAAAUAGGUGACCAAACGUUGGUGAAACUAUUUUACACUAACAAUAUUCAUUAUUUGGAGCCAUAACAUUGGAUUUCUUCAGUUUGUUACUAGCUAAUGUUAGCUAAUGAUAUUGAGUUCAUAAUGUUAGCAUAUUCAAUAUGAUGUCGCUUAAUGUUACUUAAGGCUAUGACUUUUUUGUAGCUUGCUAGACAACAAACAAAUGUUGCUUAGUAUUUUGCUCCACCCUAGACUGCCAUCCCAAUAAGGUCACUGGGUCUAACCUGGCCAUGCCAUUGUAGAAGGUGUGUGUGUGUAGAGCUCAUUUUUGCAAGCUAAGAGCCCUUAAUUGUCCACUGAACACUUAAACAACAUUCAAAGAACCCUUUUUUCUGAGAGUGUGCCAACAGAUUUGCAGUAAGGGGUAGAACAGUAUUGUGCAACAUUCACAGUAUGAUAACUGUUGUGGCUAAUUUACAUUAACAGGUUUUUCUCUGUAUUUCUUUGAGCUUGUUCCUUGUUUUUGUUUCUCAUUUGGCAGACAACUUUAUCCAAAUUGGCUUGCAUAAAACACAGAAUACAAUCCACACAUUUGAGCUGAGCAGAUGAAGCUUAAGAGCUGUGCUCAAUGCCCAGACAGUGAAUCUGUCCCAGGUUUGGGAUUUAAACUCAUAAUCUUUCCAGUACUAGUGCAGAACUUUAACAGCUGAGCAAUCACGCCCCCAUAUACGCCAAAUAGUGCCAUAUUUAAGCAUUAUCACACAGGCAAGAGUGCACUUACACUGAAUAUCAGCACGGCUGUGAUUCGGCCAUUGGCACGAGGUCGCAGGUAUUCACAGCUGUGCCGAUAUUCAGCAUAACAGCAUGAUUGUGAUUGUAGUAUUGCUUUUAUACAACAGUUUUACAAAUAAGAAAUGAAUACACAAUAUGCCCUAAUAAUUUUGGCUCCUCAAAUGAAAAUAAAUCCUGAAGAAGCCACACUCAUGGAUAGCCCAUCAGCUAGCUGGCUAGCUAGCUCACAUUGAUUUCUACGUUUCCGUUAAAGGUGCAUCCAGUGAAACUGGCUUCCCUUCUUCCUUUUUCUUCAUCAGAUGACCUUUCAUAUUUUAAGUCAGAAGUAUUUUCAGGACAAAUGUAUAGUUUGCCAUGUCAGCUGAUGAUGUUGCUAACUCUACUGUAGUAACAGUUUCAGUGGGACUGUUGCUAGAAUUGGAAUUUUACAUGGUGAACAUAGACAAGUGAAGUGAUACAAACAGUGAAAUGUCCCAGUGCGGUUAUACUAAAUAUAAGCACUCUUGGAAUGCCGUUUGUCCAAUCUAAUUAGUGGACAGGAGCUAACUGUUGUAUGAAUAGGGUUUAAUGUAUUUGCUACACAUGGAAAUAAUGCCUAUUACCUACUGAAUAAAUUGAUUUGCUGGAUCAGGUGAAGAAGAUUAGGUCAGGAUUAGGUCAAGAGAAAGUUCAGAAGAGUAGAUGCACAUGAGCAGAGCUUAUGACCAGUGGACUCAAAAAAUGGCUGAUGGGGUUGCUGAUAGGUGUGCUAAUGCAGAGAAAACCCACUUGAUCCUCCAGGACUGGAUUUCGAUGCAGGGGGAUUACAUUCUAUCUGUAGUUUAACCUAUUUAUAUGCUUAGACGCUUCCCUGGGCAGCAGGUAAAGUGGAGAUUUUUCUUCACCAAUCCAUUUUUCAGAGCCUGUACUGCCCUCUUCUGUUUAGUCAUAGACAUUACAAAAUGGGGAAAAAAAUUUCAUACAUUAAAGCAACUCUACCUAUGUUAAGGCAGCAGUAUAAUUUGUAUAGUUUCACAUAUAGAAAGGGAAAUAUAGAAAUUGUGUGAUGACAUUGAGACACUAGAUCAUAUAGUAUGAAUAAACAGCAUUUUUGAAAAAAAAAUAUUUUGGUGGUUAUUAUUUGUUUACUGUGAUUAUUGAUGUCAUUCUCUCUCAUUUAAAUCAAAUAAAUCAAGCAUAUC